AUUGAAUUUCUUUUAAACUAAUAAGAUUUGCGCUUGAUUUUAAAUAUUCAAAUUAAUAAAACGAUUUAUGAAAUUUUUAUAUUUUUGAUAAUGUUUUGAAAUAUGACUAAGAAUAUGAACUUGAAAUAUAUAUGCAUUAUAUAUUAUAUACGAACAAAUUAUAUGUUAUAUUUAAUUCAUAUUAUUUUUUUAGUACUUUCUCAUAUAAUAUUCAAAACUUGAAUGGUUUUUCUUUACCAUUAUUCGAUUAAACAUUAACAUUAAAAGGCAACAUUAAUAUAAAAUAAUUUUUUUUUAAGUUUCAUUUAAAAAUUCUCCAAUCUUACCUGGAAUUUUGAAUAAAAUUCCUGAAAAAUUUGAAAAUUGUUUUAUGUAAUUUGUGUAAACAUUCCGGACAAAGAGGAAAAGAAACAAAGUGCAAAAAACUAUCAGCUAUAAAAAACAAACAAUAGAUGUAUUGUACAUUUGUUGCCGUAUAUAUAUCGUACUUCCUCAAACUGAAACAGGUAGACAACACUACGUUGAAGGGAGAAAGAAAAAAAAGGACGAGACGCAUAAAGAACGAGCUUUCAUAAUUUCAUAUUUGCACGUGGUAAUUCUUGACGAAUUCCCGAUGUCUCAGGCACGAAGCAACGCCAACAUAGUUGGACGAAUCAUUUUCGCGAAUUAGUCAAAGGAUGAUUCACGCGAACGGGGAAAGUUACGAAUCUGACGGCUUCUAUCAAGGUCGCCAAGUCGGCCGAUUCAUGCGACGGGUCUGACGACGGGAAGAGACAGCUAGAGACUGAUCGCCCUGUAUCCCCGUUUCUCGGUAUUCUCCUCUCUAGAGCGUCGGGAAAGUCUCGCCGAAGGGGAAAGUCAUCGUUCGCGCGGAGGCGUCAUACAGGUUAUGUUCCGCGCGCAAAACACACGCGGGACAAUUCUCACGUGGCCACACGUGACGCGACCCCUCCUUGCUCGCCGUCCGGAGUCAAUACGGAUUCGGUACGUCGUGCCGUUGAAUCCGCCGCGGAUCUCGGAGAUCUUUCGUCCGGAGCAUCUGCCGCGCGCGGGGGCUGACGAACUGGCUCGUGCUGCACCGUACCGCACCACGGCCGCCAUUUUGCUGCUGCCCCCGCACGCACCGUCUCUGCUUGCCUUGUAUGUGCCUGACAUGUCUCUCUAAUGUUGUUAUCGACGGACGUCGCGAAAUUUUGCGUCGCGUGAGACCGAGCUGCAUCGUCGUGUGUACCGCCCGUGUGGCGAAGCGAGGUUGCCCACGGUCCCGACUGGACGUCCCGGCCGUCGUUUCGUCGCGCGCGAGAUCUCGUGGUUUCCCAGUGUGUGCGUGUGUAUGAGUGUCGUCCCAACCUCGACCCUCCCUCGAGUUGAGCCCCGUCGCGGUCGAGAGAGUACGAGCACCUGGUGACCCGGACACGAGGGUCUGCGAGCGAACGUCCGCGGAGUAUGCCGCCGACGCCGUCUCGGGAGCGCUCCCCGCUGUCGCUCUGAGAUCGAGCGCUGCCUCGCGACGUGACGUGAGCGAGAACCUAACCUAAAAGCAGGCAAGAGAGGAAUAAGGAAACGGGCAGGCAGGCAGGAAGGAGAGAAAUCGGCCCAUGCCAACGGCGGCGGGGAGAUUACCCUCCGGUGAUAUGGCCGCGGGAUCCUUGAGGUGCGACGACUCCUCAGUGGUGCUGCACAUCGACCCGACGUCCGCUCGACGCGCGACGACGACGACGACACAGUCGCUCGAACAUGUGUAGGACACACUUGAUGUAGAACUACUACUAUGCGAGGUGGAACAGAUCUGGACAGAAGCGGCAAUCGAUGAAGGUCCCAAUUACAACCGCCGAAAACUCAAACAUGGACAAUAAAUUGAAGUUUUCGGACCGCUUGAAGGCUUUGCUGAAAACCGAGGCACAUCAAGAUGUUGAUCCAUACAUUUUCAGUGAGCCGGAACCGCCGUUCGUCACGGCGGCGGGAAGAAAUCACACCACGGUACUCCCACCUGAAACAAAUCCUGAAGUGAUGCAGAGCAGUUGCAAGAACAACAGCAGCAGCAGCAGUAGUAGGUCAAAGGGGAAAUGCGUGAAGCAGCAGAGGAUAAGGGUGCCACCCGUUGCGCUGCCCGUAGCAACGGCGGCGGUGGCAGGCUACGACGUUGUCAGGGGUGCGCUCAAUGUCGCCGCGACGGCGAACGAGGCGACGAUGACGACGAGCGUCGAAGACUGCGGCAUUCGGGAGAACCUGGAUCGCAAGUUUUCCAGUUCGGCUCAACAGCAGCGUAAGCGGCGGCACAUUGAGAAUCUGCGGCGACUGAGAUCCUCCAGGAGGCGGCAGAGCCGAGACCACACGCUACUGUAUUAUCCGCGAGCCGGCGACGAGAUAUCCGACAGCGACUCGAGCGGCGACGAGAUGACGAUCUAUCAGCGUCAGUGGUUUACCAACGGCGAGUCCAUCACAUCGUUGAACCGGGCGACCCGGCUGGCCCAGCUGCGCUCGCAGCUGCAGCGGCAAUUACUCCAGCUGCGCAUCGACGGGGCCGACGCGGAGCUCGUGCUGCAGCACCGGGUCCGAUGUCUGCUGGAGGCCGCUACCAGGGAUCCCGCGUCCACCGCGCGGGUACUGAGCGACUCUCCAUCGCGCACCAGCAGCUCCAAGGUGCUCGACGGACCUCUGCUGGUUGGCGGACUGUGCGGCGUAGAGGGAUGCCAGCAGACGUCCCUGCCCUGCACCCGGCACUGCUCUCGCCACAUAAUGCUGAAUGGCGAUCAGCUCCUGUUUGAGUACUGCACUGCCAAGUUUAGUGACAACACACAGUGUUGCGUUCCUGUGUUUGACGUCGCGCACGAGUUGCCUCUCUGCCCGGAGCACGCGAGGAAGAGGGACAAUUAUCACCGUAAAAUCCAAGAAUCCAAACCAAAGAAGGCACGCAAUAAGAAGCCAGCCUCUCCAACGAUCCCAGCGAAGCCUAAACCCAAGUCCAAGCCCAGUAAGAAGCGCAAACGGCCGCCCUCCAAUAAGAUAGAAACUACCAUCAAGGACCAAGCUGCGCUAAUACACGAGGAGGAGAGUCAUUACAUGAACCAAAUAAACUGUAGUGAAAACCACACCAAGAUGUUGAACAAUCUGAGCGUUCCACAGGGAAGUUCAAACUCGUCUAACUUGAAUCUGGGACUGGGUCUGGGCUCUCUCGGUUUGACAGGGGGCCUCAAAGUCGAGCUCGGAGACAACGAGGUGUUCGCCUCCUUGGACUCUGCCGAGCACGACUUCGGCAAUGUGCUCAACAACUUGCCUCCGGAUGCUUUCAACGACUUAUUUAUUGAAGGUAGAAACGGAGAUUAUGAGCCGUCGAGGGAGGAAGAGGAGGAAUUGCAACGGGCUCUGGAAGAGGUCGAUAAAGAUGUGCGAAAUUUGGAGAGGAUGGGACAGACGCAUGGACUUUUAGAGCCGGCUCUGCUUGCCCAGCUCAUGUCGGACAUUGCCUCGUAGCCCCACCAAUCCUAACGUAAUAAUCUUUCGAAGAGGGAGUUGUGCGUGUUCCUUGUAACGUAGAAAGAAAUAUUGUUUUGUGUCUGUGCUGCUAAAAACGUAAGAUUGCGUUAUAGACUGUUGUUACGUAGCCACGCAAGUCCGAGAUAAUGGCAGGGAUUGACAUACAGAAAGUAACAAAUAAAACAAAAAAAAUGAGAAAAAAACAAUAGCAAAUUUAUGAAUUUAGUGUAAACAGCAUCGAGUACAAUACCACAGGUAGGUUUAUGUCGAAGUAGCACUGUAAAAAAAAGAAAAAACCGAGAAUUCCAUCCUUUUUGACAAAUAAUCACGGACAUUCUGCAUCAUUAUUACAUUUAUUACAUACAAUAUAUUUGUAGCUUAUUUGCAGAUAUUUUGACUUGCACUUGACAAAUUUGCUUAGGAAAAAUUGUUAUAGCUGCACUUAAUACACAAUUAUUUUUUUGAGGGUAUAAGUG